AGUGUAUCGCUCGAAAUAAAGAGAAAAAACAUACAAUCGCAUGUAUCUUUCAGUAUAUAAGCACGCAGAAAGAUCGUGUAGAGCAUCAGUUUUAUCUCAAACCUAGACGUGAAGUGAGAAAUUUGGGGCACCACAACAUGAAGCUACUGGCUUGCAUCUUUGCAAUCCUAACAUCGCGAGCGCUGGCAGGCGAGCCUGACUUCGUUCCUGCAUACGCUGCCUCACCAGUAUACCACGCCGAGCCCCCUGCAGUGUACCAUUCAGCACCCUCAAUUGCUUUAAAAUCUGCUCCAAUCUUCAAAACAUACGAACCAGCUCCUAUUUUCAAAUCUAUCGAAUCCGCUCCUAUUUUUAAAACGUUCCAGACCACCCCCAUCUUGAAAUCUUAUGCUCCUGCCCCUAUUAUUAAGCCAUACGAACCAACCACAAUUCUGAAAUCAUUUGAUCCCGCCCCCCUGCUUAAAUAUGAACCUGCUCCCGUAGCUAUCAAAACAGCACUGAAAACCCCAGUAGCGACUUCGUAUGCUACAACUACAUCUGUACAUAUCACGCAUCCAGCUACGAAAGUAGUUGCACCUAUAGUAAAGUACGCAGCUGCUGCACCUGUCCUGAAGUACGACGCUGCACCUGCAAUUCAGUACCACGCUGCACCUAUAGUAAAGUACGCAGCUGCUGCACCUGUCCUGAAGUACGACGCUGAACCGAUUCUGAAGUACGCAGCGCCUGCACCAGAUUUGAGCUUCCACUCUGAACCUGCCCUCAGCCUCAAGACAGUGGCAUCACCUCUGCUUUCCUACUCUCAUGAAGCCCCCUCAUUUGAAUAUGCACCAUCCUACAGCCACGGACUGGAGUCGUACGAGUAUCACUAACAUCUCCAUGUGUCAACCUCGUGAAUCACGCGUCUACAACUACUACAUAGAAACACCGAUAAAUUAUUCAUUCCCACAAAAUUAUUAUGUAAAUUAUAACAUAUCGUGUAUUUGUAUUACUUUUAUAUCAAUAAUAAAAACUUGACCUUUCACACCAUAAAAUAA